AUGGCGACCAAUGGCCACUUUGCCCCCAUUGGCAGCGAUAGCAGUGAUAAGACGACUUAUGAGCAUGGCGUUCAAGUUAUAGACGAGAAUAAAGAUUUCAAUACAAACUUGUCCAGGUAUCUAAGCUUGGAAAAUGUCGCACCGGCCGGCUUCAACUACCAUCUCAUAUCGGUCUUCGGCUCCCAGUCCACCGGAAAGUCGACCCUCCUUAAUCACCUCUUCGGCACCCACUUCUCCGUCAUGGCCGAGGCCGAGAGACGUCAGACCACCAAGGGUAUCUGGCUGUCUAAAAACAAGAAUGGAGAUGGAAAGUCCAUGGCCGACAACAUCUUGGUAAUGGAUGUGGAGGGUACUGAUGGUCGCGAGAGAGGAGAAGACCAGGACUUUGAGCGCAAGAGCGCUCUCUUCGCGCUCGCUACCAGUGAGGUCCUGAUUGUCAACAUUUGGGAGCACCAAGUUGGUCUGUAUCAAGGCGCCAACAUGGGCUUGCUCAAGACUGUCUUUGAGGUCAAUCUCCAGUUGUUCCUUAAGGAUAAGCACACCACUCACCGGUCCCUCUUGUUCUUCGUAAUCCGUGAUUUCGUCGGCGGCACGCCGCUCAAGGCCUUGCAAAAGACAUUGAUGGAAGACAUGUCUCGUUUGUGGGAUUCGAUCUCUAAACCUUCGGGCCUGGAACGUUCGAGUGUCCAUGAUUACUUUGACUUUCAGUUCUAUGGGCUCCCUCACAAGAGCUACCAACCCGAGAAGUUUGUCGAAGAAACGAAGAAGCUCAGCUUACGUUUCCGUGAGGGACAGAAAAAUGCCCAACUCGAUGCGCGCAACGGCGAAUUCUCCGAGGGUGGAGUAUUCCUUCCAGAGUACCAUCGCCGCAUUCCUGCGGAUGGUUUUUCGGUAUAUGCUGAAGGCAUCUGGGAUCAGAUUGUCAACAACAAAGAUUUGGACUUGCCAACUCAACAAGAAUUACUCGCGCAGUUCCGAUGUGACGAAAUUCUCCGCGAGGUGAUGGUCGCCUUUGACGAGGCUAUUGUUCCGUUUGAAGACAAGCAGUCCCAGGCUGCUCGCCUUGGGGAACCUGAAGUUCUAGGUGGCCUGGGGCCCGUCAUGCGGUCAGCGCGUGCCAAAUCUAUAAAGAAUUUCGAAGCCGAAGCAAGCCGAUAUCACAAGGGUGUCUAUCAGCGGAAACGGGCCGAACUUGAGAAUAAGGUGGAUUCUCGUCUAAAGGCUCUUCUUCGGGGCCAGCUCGAGGCUGCCCACAAGUCUGGCAUCAACGAAUUCAGUGAAGCCGUGACCGCCGCCGUCAAGGCGGGGCAGAAGAAAGGCACCGGAUAUGACUUUGCUGAAAUUGUCAAUGACGAGGUUAAAAAAGCGUUGGAGAAGUUUGAAGAAGUUGCUCGCACAACGGUCGUUGAAGGUACUCCCUGGAGUGAUUAUCAGCAAGAAUUGGCCUUGUAUGAGAAGGAACUUGCAGAGGUCAGUGGCCGAUUACGAAGAGAUGAAAUGAGGCGACUGGCAACGCGUGUUGAGCGAUGGGUUCAGUCUCGCUUGGGUGAUUCUGUUGGCCUCGAGUUCAAUGCCCUCGGCUCCGGACGUGCCGGUGGUGCUGCGCCGGAAUCUGGCGAGAAGCCGUCGGAGAAGAGAUUCUGGGAUCGGGUGUGGAAUGUCUUUGUCGAGACGGUCCUUGAUGCCGAGAGGAGAUUUACGGACCGCGCUAGCAGCUUUGACGCCAGUUUAGAGGAGGUCGAUGUUGGCCUGUGGAGACUACGGAGGAAGUCUUGGGGAGUCUUGCGUGCCAAGAUCGAAGAGGAGAUGAUCGAGGGCAAUCUUUUACUCAAGCUACGAGAGAACUUUGAAGACAAGUUCCGCUACGACGAGGCUGGUGUUCCUAGAAUCUGGCGACCAACUGACGACAUUGAGGGCCUCUACACUCGAGCCCGCGAGUCGACAUUGACUCUGAUCCCGCUUCUCUCAAAGUUCCGACUGGCUGAGAACUCGGCUCCUCCGCCACUGGACCGCUGGAUCGGACACACUCCUAGCUCAGCUACUCCUGCAGAUGAGGAAGAUUUGGCACCCAUCGGAGGCGUGGAUGAAGAAGAAGGCAAGAGCCUGGAGGAGGAAAUGACCGUUCUUGGCGAUGCGAAGCGUCAAGAGCUCACUGUGCGAUUCAAGAAAGCUGCGGAUGGCGUGUAUGUGGAAGCCAAGCGGAGCGCCAUUGGAGGAAUGACCCAGGUUCCCCUGUACUUUUACGGUCUACUCCUGGCUCUGGGUUGGAACGAGAUUAUAGCUGUCCUCCGCAACCCUGCGUACUUCUUCCUACUCUUCGUGUGCGCCGUCGGGGCAUACGUGACCUACCAGCUCAACUUAUGGGGACCUAUCAUAAAGAUGACGGAGGCCGCAUCAAACCAGGCGCUGAUUGAGGGCAAGCGGCGCUUGCGCGAGUUUCUGGAGUCCUCGGAUACUGGACGACAAGCAAUUGCCAUGUCAGCCGGAGGCUCUUCGCGAUCUGGAGACGAGCACGAGAUGUCCCGACUCAACAAACAGGGAAAGUCUUCGGUGGACGAUGACGUGGAUGACUUGUAG